AGAGAGAGUGUGUGGGCGGCAGGGGGGAGAGAGAGAGAGAGAGAGAGAGUGGGCGGGCGGUCCGGUAUACCCCCCGGUAAUCCCCCCACCCCCCACCGAGAGCCGGCGUGUGGCUACGGGGCGGCCGACAGGCGCCCUUGUUACGGGGCGAGGAGCCGGAGUGAAGUGAACCGGAGAGAGAGGAGGGACCGGCCAUCGCUCAACCCAGAGAGUCAAACACUCUGCAGCGGGCAGACGCUGCCUUUAUUAUCCACACAGCACAUGCUUAUCAACAAGAAGAAUAGAGAAACUAUUGGCUCCCAUAUGUCAGUAUUUCAGUAAUUCAGUAGAAGAUAGAAAAGUAGAUAGCAAACUUGAUUGUGGAAACAAACAUUGAACUUCAGAAUCCUGAAACUGAAGAAUGAAAGCAUAAAAGAAUGACCAAAUUUAAGGACUGGAAACUGUGAUUGAAAUAUGCUUUACUGAGUAGAAUAUUUCAUGGAAAAGAUGAAAAAGUUUAAGCGACGGCUUUCUCUGACUUUGCGUGGCAGCCAAACAAUUGAUGAGUCUCUGUCUGAGCUUGCAGAGCAAAUGACGAUUGAAGAGAAUAGCAGUAAAGAUAAUGAGCCAAUUGUGAAGAAUGGCAGGCCUGCGACAUCGCACAGUAUGCACUCCUUUCUCCACCAGUAUGCAGGCUCUUUCAAAAAGCCCCCUCUGCGGAGACCCCAUAGCGUGAUUGGUGGGAGCCUCGGCUCUUUCAUUUCCAUGCCCAGGAAUGGUGGUGGUAGACUAGACAUAGUACAUGAGAAUUUGAAAAUAGGUUCAGACGGUGAGAGUGACCAAGCUUCUGGAACAUCAUCUGAUGAGGUGCAGUCACCUACACGUGUUCGUAUGAGGAAUCACUUACACAGGAGAAUCUCCAUGGAGGAUGUCAAUAAACGGCUAUCGCUUCCUGCAGACAUUAGAUUACCUGAUGGGUAUUUGGAAAAACUGCAAAUGAACAGUCCACCUUUUGAUCAGCCUAUGAGUAGAAGAUCCCGCAGAGCUUCCCUUUCUGAGAUUGGAUUCGGGAAGCUAGAAACUUACGUUAAGUUGGACAAACUUGGAGAGGGUACCUAUGCAACAGUGUUUAAAGGAAGAAGUAAGCUGACUGAUAACUUGGUAGCCUUGAAAGAAAUCAGGCUGGAGCAUGAAGAGGGCGCACCUUGUACAGCAAUACGGGAAGUCUCGUUACUGAAGGACCUGAAGCAUGCAAACAUAGUCACUUUACAUGAUAUUAUUCACACAGAAAAGUCAUUGACACUAGUAUUUGAAUACUUGGACAAGGACCUGAAACAGUACAUGGAUGACUGUGGAAGCAUAAUGAACAUGCACAAUGUGACGAUAUUUUUAUUCCAGAUUUUACGGGGCUUGGCCUACUGUCACAAGCGGAAAGUGUUGCACCGAGAUCUGAAACCGCAGAACCUGCUGAUAAAUGAGAAAGGGGAACUAAAGCUUGCUGACUUUGGUUUGGCAAGAGCCAAGUCAGUUCCUACAAAGACAUACUCAAAUGAAGUUGUAACUUUGUGGUACAGGCCUCCAGAUGUACUCUUGGGCUCUUCAGAGUAUUCAACACAGAUCGACAUGUGGGGUGUUGGGUGUAUCUUCUAUGAAAUGGCAUCUGGAAGACCUUUGUUUCCUGGUUCCACUGUAGAAGACGAAUUGCACUUGAUUUUCAGGCUACUGGGCACGCCUACAGAGGAGACAUGGCCAGGAAUAUCUUCAAAUGAGGAAUUUAAGGCUUACAACUUUCCUAAAUAUAAGCCUCAACUUGUGAUUAAUCAUGCUCCAAGAUUAGACACGGAAGGAAUUGAUCUGUUAUCGAAUUUUUUACAAUACCAGGCGAAGAAGAGAAUUUCUGCAGAAGAUGCCAUGAAGCAUCUUUACUUUAAAAGCCUUGGAACAAGGGCACACACUCUACCUGAUGGUGCCUCGGUUUUCUCGCUAAAUGAAAUUCAGCUGCAAAAGGAUCCUGGCUACAGAACCUCAUCAUAUCCAGAGACAACACAUGGGAAAAACAGAAGACAGAGUAUGCUGUUCUAGGCUGUCGUGCAAAAUAAUAGACUUGAAUUCCAUUGGCUUGCCAUUUACAUCGCAGUUACCCAGAAUUUUGAUUUGAAGACAACAAUUUCCAUAAGUUAGAGUGGAUCAUAACUUGAAUAUCAACAUGUCUCUUUUACUGCCCUUCUUGCGAUGUAGUCUUAUUCUGAUGUGUAGAUGGUUUUAUAUUCGCAAGUCACAUUGAGACAUUUUUGUGUGUGUGUAAAUAUAUAUGUAUAAUACAUGUGUAUGCACACACAUACAUUUACACAUACACAUGAACAGGAAAAAACAGUUUUAUGGUUCACCUUUGUUGUUUUAUAGCCAGUAGGUUACAGCUGCUGUUGUAACUUCAGCUGCAGUUUUGUGCAGUACUGGAAACAAAGUGCUUAUUUAUUGGGAAUCAUUGCUGCUAAACGACUACUGUCCAUAAACCACAUCUUGGUGGUAUAGCGGAAAAUGUGAGUGGCUUGUAGCAUGUGAAUGCAUCUGUUUCUUCUAAUAACUGUUUCCAGCAUUUUGCAGAUUUUAUCGUUACGUUUAGUUACAAAUGCCCUUGAAUAUUUAAAUAUUUGCAGAGCUUCACUUUUUAAAAUAUGAUUGUGAUGAGGAAUCUUGCACCUCCUAAGCUCAUGGUGUAGAACAUUUAAAUUUGUUUUGAAAUCUUGUGUGGCUGACAGGGAAACUGGUUAGCGUUUUCUAAAAAAAUCUAUUUAAGGAAUUUAAGCAUCAAAUCUGCCUUUUCAUUACUAAAGAUUACAAAUUUAUUGCACCUAUUUUUUUCCAUGUCAUUUUAUGAAGACACGGGAAUUUUGACGGUUCAAUUUUAUAUCUGAUCUGUUAUUUCUGCAUCAUUUUGUAAUGAUUUCACUACAGAACUUAUGUUUCUCAAUGAGUAUCAUAAGUAGGCUUUUGUUAAUGGUAACAGUAUUUGUAUGUUUGCCUUUCCAAAUAAUGGUUUUAGUGGACCUACAUUUUAGGAUUACUGUUAAUAUAUAAUUGUUAAAAUAUCAGAUUCGUAGCAAAUGCAAAUAAUCAUUGAUAUUUUUUCUGGACUUUUACUGUAAACUUAUUCAGGGUCCUAUCAUUUUCACAAAUUUACAUAGUUUGUUAUUUAACAGUGUUAAGAAUAUUUUGUAUGUUUAAUUUUAUUUGUGAACUGUGAUGAUGGCAUGUUGAAAAACUGUUUACUCGUUGCUUGUGACUGAUUUUAAUUGAAAUUUUGUAAGAAGAGAAAGGAAACAGAUUCAUUGGUAACAUUGUACAUUGGACCACUACUGUUCAUCAAAAUGAUUCCAGGCUGAGUUCGGUAUAUCUUACUAAAACUGCUGUGCUAUUUCUGACUGACAGUACUAUUUUUUUUGAAAGUAUAAAUAUUACAGUGAUUUCUUGUUUUAA